AUGAGACUCGCAGAAUCGUCUACGGCCACUGCGCUGGCAGCGGCUGCUGCUGUAUCAGCAGCUUCAUAUGACACAUGCAGUGACUACUUCUCCCUACAGGAGUCGACCCUCGUGCCGGCCUGCAUCGUCCGGCCACGUUCCGCACAGGAUGUUAGCAAGGCGGUGACAAUCCUCACCACAUCACGGCUACCAGGGUGUCAGUUUGCUGUGAAAGGUGGCGGUCACACACCGGCCGGAGGCUUCGCCAACAUUCAGGGCGGCGUGACCAUCGACAUGACGAGCCUGAACGCGACAGUGCUGAGCGAGGAUAAGACCUCGGUAGCCGUCGGGGCAGGCGCUGUCUGGAACGAUGUAUACGGCUACUUGGACGGUUUCCAUCUUGCUGCCGCUGGUGGGAGGAACGGUCUCGUCGGAGUUGGUGGCCUGCUCCUGGGCGGUGGCAUCUCGCAUUUCUCGCCGCGUGUUGGAUGGGCGUGUGAUGGUGUUGUUGAGUACGAGGCUGGUGCCGUGUUCGACGCUUUCACCGGCAUCGCUGCCUCGCCAAACUUCGACCCUUACGUGUCCGUCCAGACGGGCCUGCUCUACGCCUCGGCAGCGAAGGCGUGGUCGUUAAGCAGCUCGGCCGUCUACACGAAGCCCGUGCUUCACCCGGAGGUAUUCAGCGGCCUCGAGGCCGUGCCAAGCAUCUCUAACACCUCCGAGAUCACGACCGUGGCUUCACUGGCUGCGGAGAAUCCCACUCCGCCACUGAACUGGCUUUUCGCCACGCUAACGUUCGGGACGUCGAGCGAGACCAUGCUAGACAUCUUCAAUACCCUAAACGGAUCGUUGUACAACUUCAAUCCUGCCGGUGGUGUCACAUGGAACUUUGCCUUCGAGCCCUUGCCAUCUGUGAUGCUUUCACAUGCCGCUGCCACCGGAGGGAACGUUCUCGGGUUAGAACCCGAGGAUGGCAAUAGUGUCAUCCUACUCUUCUCUGCCCUCUGGCCGAACUCGAGCUCUAACGAUUCUAUCUACCGGCAAGGCCGAGACACCUUUACGGCUAUCAAGGCGGUCGCUGAGCGAAAAGGGGUGCUGCGGAAGUUUGAGUAUCUGAACUAUGCAGGCCCGCACCAGUCACCGCUAGCUUCUUACGGGGCGAGUAGCCUGGACUUCCUCCGCCAGGUCAGCAAGAAGUAUGACCCUAUCGGAGUGUUUCAGUCCAAGGUGCCUGGUGGCUUCAAGUUGUGGUGA